CAUUUAAUCUCUAGUGAGUGGCAACGUAUCUGAUAUUGAUUGUUUUAAAAUGUCGCUUGACUGUAGUUUCGUUUUCUGAGAUCCGAAAAUUUGAAAGAUAUUUACGUUUGCAAUUCUUAUUUAAAAUAUGUAUACUAGACGGCAAAACAAGUCAGUAGGGAGCAAAUCAGCAGUAGAUGCAAAUAAAGAUGUGGAAACUCUCCGAUCUGAGAUUGAGAAUGAACAGAGAAUGACCGAAAUGUUAGAUUUGUCUAUCGAAGAACUGCAAAGAACUGUUGAUGCAUUAGAGCAACAAGUGGAUCAUACUGAUAUAGCUGAUGAGGAUGAGUGGAAAGUUAGGUACUAUACUCAAGUGGAGGUCAAUGAACAGUUGGAGAGACAAAGAGAUUGGCUGAUGGAAAGGGUUGAAGCUGCUAGAAAUCAAAGCCAAGAAGGUGUUUCUGCUUUGCUAGCUGAACUUGAUCUUGAUAGCCUAACUGAGAGUCAACUUCUACGUUAUUUGAAGCAAUUGGAAAAAGACAGGAAUUCAUUAUAUAAUGAGUUACGAGAUAAAGAAUGGAAACUUGAUCAAGAAUCCAAGACAUUCCAUAAGUUCAAUGAUACCAGGAAAGCCUACAUGACAGAAAUUACUGAAGCAAUGCUUAACUUGGAAGCUAUGAAAAGUCGUCUUAGGAUGUUUGAAGGAAGUGAAAAUGGAUCAAUCGCUAAGUGUCCUCGUCAUUUAAAAUAUUUAAAUAUUUUACCGGAUCAAAGAGUCAUUGAUCCCAGAAAAGGACCAAUUAAAAAAACUGCAGCAGUUAGAAGCCUUCCAAAACUUAAUACAGCCGAUAAAGAUUUUAAUGAUGACGAUGAUUUAUUGGAUAAGCAGAGUAAAAAGUCUGCAGAAUUCUAACAUUGCAAUUUGUUUUUAAUUUAGAUGAUUUAUCUCCAUUAGUUGUAAGAAUCUUAUUUGCCUGUAUAGGUUUUUAAAGUCUUUCAAGUCUUUACUGUAAUACUCAUCUCUUGCACAAAUAAAAACAUAUUGUUCAUUA